UUGUGUUCUUUCCUUCCAGUCUCCCAGUCUAACAGCAGCUUAAAGAAGCACCGGAGUCGGAGCAUUUUUAGCCCCUUCUUUUGCUGCUUCCGUAACUACAAUGACUACCACGUGGAGCCACCACCCACCAACAACAAGACACUUUGUCUACCCCCUCCACCGGAGGAGAACGGCAGUCCUCCCAAGUUUGACCAGGUCCAGGUCAUCCCUAUACCCAGUCCUCCAGCAAAGUUCCUUCUGCCGGAGGUCAGUAUAGCAGACGACAAUAAGAACUGCGUGGUGAUCGACCUGGACGAAACCCUUGUACACAGCUCCUUCAAGCCCAUCAGCAAUGCAGACUUCAUUGUUCCAGUGGAGAUUGACGGCACUGUUCAUCAGGUGUAUGUGUUGAAGAGGCCCCAUGUAGAUGAAUUCCUUCAGAAGAUGGGGGAGCUGUUUGAAUGUGUCCUCUUCACAGCCAGCUUAGCCAAGUAUGCUGACCCUGUGGCCGACCUGUUGGACCAGUGGGGGGUAUUUCGUGCCCGGCUCUUCAGGGAAUCUUGUGUUUUCCACAGAGGAAACUACGUCAAAGACCUCAGCCGGCUGGGGCGAAAGCUCAGUAAAGUCAUCAUCAUAGACAACUCUCCUGCCUCCUAUAUCUUCCACCCCGAGAAUGCGGUUCCAGUGCAGUCCUGGUUUGACGACAUGACGGACACAGAGCUCCUGGAUCUGAUCCCUCUGUUUGAGGGUCUUAGUAAAGAGGAGGACAUUUACAGUCCCUUACAGAGCCUGAGGAACAGGUAGCAGACAGCGGCUCCAGCCUGUGACCCCCUCUUUGACCCUGCUAAACUGAAGCCUCACCACGCUGCCAUGGCCCUGCAGCCCUGCUCUCAUUCACCAACCAGCUCAGUCACCAGUCUGAGGAUUUCAGGUCUAUAAGCAGGUUACAAUCCAGAUAAGAGUGCUGUAUGGGUUCUUACCGUCUGUAGAUUCUUGGACUCUUUGUACAGGACUCAAAACAUUAUAUUACUGUAUGUACAUACUAGUGUUUCUAAGAGGAAAACAUACAUAAAGUAAUUUUUCUAUCAGAGAGAAGCAGUUUUAUUGUUCUAUCAAGUAAUAUUUUAGUUACCCCCCCCCCCAAAAAAAAAUCAGUUACUCAGAGCAACCCUGUUAUUUUUUUUUUCAAAUGGGUGAUCCCUUUGUUCCAUUUGUGUUGAGCAGUGCUAUGCAGGCUGUUUUUUCUCAUCUGAUGUUUUAUGUUCAGACAACUGUGAUUUACCCUCUUUAACAGAAUGAAGUGCCUUCAUUACUGUGCUGGUUUUGUUGUUUCAAGUCAUGAGGUGCACAUUUGUAUGCUGCAUAUUUACUCAGAUCUCAAGAAGUGUAUCAAGUAGAUCUUAAAAAGUGAAGUUGGAAAUGAGUUUAAUCAAAGGGGAGAUAAACCAAGCUGAUUUUACUAUUGUGAUUUCAGUUGUAUUGAAUUGUUAAAUGACCAAAUAUUUGUACAAUUCAAUGUUAUUUGUGGCUGAAUGACAUAAUUCGAUCAUUGAUAGCGAUAGUAAUUUGACUGCCCUCAAAGAAACUGAAAUCCUACUCUAUUUUCAACAGAAAUUUAAAUGUGUGUGAUGGCCUCACUGUCCUACUAAUAAAUGUUAAACUAAUGACACAAGUCAGAAAAUAUCAAAAUGUUAGUUUGAAUAGAUUAAAUGAAAUCCUAUUUAUUAAAGAAAAGGGUGUCAGGUGUAUUGUAAAGAUUGCUGUUGAAAUCGUACUGUACAUCAUGAUUAAAGUUGCAACUUUGCACACUGUCAGCGUGUUAUCACAGUAUGAUGAUGUUCAAACAACCGAAGAAAUAGAUGUUAUUUUCCACAGAUUGGUUGAGCAGAUGUAAUGUGAUACUGUUGUUUGUAGUUACGAAGUUCCUGUAUUGUGAAAAUGAUGUAUAAAUACAAACAUUGUAGUUAUCACAACAUGGUCUACUCUAGGAUUACACUAAUCAUGAAGUAUUAAGGUUAAUGAGGACAAUGUUAAUAACAAAAACAGCAAUUUAUAUAUGAAAAUUGAAUUUGCUGUAAUCUGAAAUCAGAAAUUCUUUAAUUUUUGGUUCAUGGAGGUCAGUUACAACCAAUUUGGAUUUGGAUUUCUUAUAAUUGGGUACUUUGUUUGCAACUCACACAGGGUUGAUGCAUUUCAGUGAUUUUGCAGAUAAUAUACUAUCUCCUCUUCCUCCCCACCCAACUGAGCUUCUGCUUAGGAAAGUCUUGCCAGCUGUCAUCACAACAUCAACAUCAGUGAAUGGUGCAACCAAUGCAGUAAUUUGUGUUUUAUUCAGAGAUUUUUUGAACUUGAAAUACAGUGUGUCUGUUCCUUGAAAACCUCCCUUAUUUGUUUGAUGAGGGAAUCUAUAUCUACAUAUCUAAACAUUAGAAACAUAUUUGAUUUGUGCUGUCAUUUGUGGCGACACAUUUAAUAAACAGCAGGCCAAGCUUCCAUGAACAUAAAGAAAACAUCUGAGCCCAGGUCCAUAUCUGACAGAAACAACUGAAACACUUGUGAUAUUUUGAGUUACAUAUUUAUUUCCUCAUCUAAUUAUAUAAUUGUACGAGGAGACUGACGUCAUUAUUAAAGCAAGCUGCUAAACUACACAUACAACCUAAGCAUGCAGAGAAAAAUUGCAGCGG